AUGGCUGAUAUUCAGCAACAACUGCAACAGAAAUCCGAGAGCACAGCCACUGAUGCUCGCUCUGAGUUUGAGAGGGGCUUGGAGGAGUUCAUGCGUGGGCGUUAUGAUGAAUGCAUGUCCUUCAGUUCGUGCAGUUCUCCACAUACGACUACUACUACUGAAGAUGAGGAGGAUGAUGGCGAACAGCUUGUGCGGAGGAGGAGGAGGAGGUCGAAUCUUGAGGGUGAUGAUUUGGCAGAGUCUUCUGCUGCCCGGAGGCGCCAAUCGAGGAUCUUGAGUAGGUGGGCUGCUCGCCAGGCAGAGGAGAUGAUCACCACAAUUGAAAGGAGGAAUCGUGAGUCAGAGUUGAUGGCACUUGCAGGCUUGCACACUGUCUCCAUGCUUGAUUCUUCGUUCUUGAGGGAGUCACAUUCCCCAACUUCGAGGCGCCAAGGGAAUGUUGAGAGGCUGAGUACCCGGGCCUCCUCUAUUUUACAGAUGUGGCGGGAGUUGGAGGAUGAGCAUGCAUUUAGUCAAGCUCAGGAGAGGGUAAGGGAGAGGUUGAGGCAGCGAAGGAGUGUGGAUUCUAAUACAAAUAUAUCAAGUACAAAUAUGUCUGGAAGUAGAGAGAGUGAUAAUCAGGGCAGCCUGGAAGGUGCUAGUGAGAGUGAGCAUGACUUUGCAACUUGGUCCCAGGAUCAGGUGGGCCCACGGAAUGAGAAUAGGGAUCCUGACAAUUCUAGUCGGGAACAAUCUCCAGAUCUAGGGGAUGUCGAUAGGGAGAGGGUGAGGCAUAUUGUUCGCGGAUGGAUGGAGAGUGGCAUUAGUGACACUUCAUCUAAUGUUAUGCAGGGGAAUGGCAGUCCUAGAGCUGAAUGGUUGGGGGAAACUGAGCGUGAAAGGGUAAGGAUUGCUAGAGAGUGGAUGCAAAUGACAAGUCAGCAAAGAGGAUCUCGUAGUGGUCGCAGGGAAGAACAAAAUAGUGGACUUGGUGCUCAAGUUGACCAUGCCCGUGAAGGUUCUGAUGUUGCCCACGGGGAAGGUCAGCCAGAGCAUAUUCGCAGAGACAUGUUGAGGUUGCGUGGAAGACAAGCCUUACUUGAUUUGCUUGUCAGGAUAGAGAGGGAAAGGCAGGGGGAACUUCAGGGCCUAUUGGAACAUCGUGCUGUUACUGACUUUGCACAUCGCAAUCGUAUUCAGGUUAUAACAUACUAUUCUGGUUUCACUUAA